GAUCCUCCCUGGCUUUCGCAUAUGUCCGCUCCUCAGCCUCAGCGCAGCGGCGAUGCGCUGAACUCUCACCCAUCCACCCCUUCGAACCAGCCGAAGGGCAUCAUAUACUCGAAUGAUGGCACCGCAAGCAAUCCGAACCCGACCCAUGCCUCCUUCUCGCCCGCUACCCUAAGCUCGACCGCGCCGAGCGCCACCUCCGCCGCGAAGAGGAGGAGUACCAUCCUCGUCCACCAAAAGUCGCCGCUUCUCCUCGCGACACCACCCCAGAUUACACGCGCUUUGGCUUAUAGCCAUCCGUUCCUCCUACCCUUGAAUACGCUUGCCGGUCUGAUAACAUGGACGACGCGCGAUCCCUGGGAAAGCUUCCUAAUGGUUGCGGUCUUCUGGGCUGCCGUCCUAUAUGGUGACAUCAUUGUCCGGGUCGCCGGCCCCGUCGUGCUUGUCCUACUCUUGAUCGGUGGCAUGUACGGCCGGCGCUACAGCCCGCUGAGCAGCAGUGGUUGGACCGAGCCAGGCGUGGCGGCUGGAGACAUGGCGGCGCUCGCUGGGACAGAUGGAAAAGGGAGUGUUAGGGGCAAGAAGGCUCCCAAGAGCAAGAACCUUUCCGUCGACGGGCUCCCGGACAACAAGAAUGGCAAGGCCAAUGGCGGGCUCGGUGGUGGCGUGGGAGCGGGCGCUGGGGGAGGCGGACAACUGAGGAACCAAGGGUCUGUAUCCGAAGUGACAAACACGCGGCACCAGAAGACGUUGGACGAGAUUGUCGAGACACUUAAGGAGUUCACGGCGCGCUGCAACAUUCUGCUGGAACCUAUGCUGGAACUCACGGAUUUCCUCAGCACUCAGCGAACACCUACAUCGGCCACCACAAAACCCGCGCUGACGACACUUUUCAUCCGGAUCCUUCUCUGUACCCCGUUUUGGUUCGCCCUGACGCUUCCACCUUUCCGUCUGAUUACUACACGCCGGGUUAUCUUGAUCUUUGGUACUCUCAUCCUAACUUGGCAUUCCCGCGUUAUGCGUGUAUCUCGCGCCAUUCUAUGGCGUAGCGCCUCUAUUCGCAGGUUUUUGGAAUUAGUCACUGGCUUGCAGUUCGAAAAGCCCGUCAAGGUUUCUCCUGCUGAGAAGAGUGGUGUUGCAUCAUCAGCCGCAUCCACUGCUAGCGGCAGUUCAGCGAACAAGAAGACAUUUGCCAACAUCAAAAGUACAAAGGCGUAUAACGCGCAGGAGUCUGAGCUUACUAAGGCCCUUCGACGUGCCCGCGGCGGACACGACACAGGCGUGCGCUUUACCUUCAUCAUCUAUGAGAACCAGCGUCGGUGGGUCGGUCUGGGAUGGACUACUAGUCUGUUUGCGUAUGAAAGGCCGGCAUGGACCGACGAGCACAACAACGCGGUCCCGCCGCGAGACCAGUUUGAGCUUCCCGAGGUCGAGGACGGUAGUAACAUGCGCUGGCGCUGGGUCGAAGGAUCGAGAUGGCGAGUCGAUGGAGUUCCUGACGAGGCUGUCAUGCCUGGAGAAGACGCGGAUGGAAAAGAGUGGGAUUAUGACAGCCCUGGGGGGCGUAUGGGCUGGGUUUACUAUGAUAACAAGUGGCAAAAUGGCCGCCGAGGUCAAGACGGCUGGGGACGCUGGACAAGAAGGAGAAAGUGGUAUCGCGAUGCCGAGCUCGUGGAAGCAGACGAUGCCCUGAUCGAAGAGUUGGCAGAGGAUGCGAUAGUUGACCAACAAGGAAACAACUAUACUGUGAACGGAUCCGCCAACGGCAACUCCAGCGCCGAUUCAGUUACACCAACCGCGACACCGGCGCCCGGACCAGGAAUAGGUGCUCGGGCACAACCCCGAUCGCUGCUCUCCGAUCAACUAGCCGCGUCGGGUGAGAUUGCUUCACCCUCUACCGCCGUCCCUAGAAAGACGUCGAUCAAGCUGAAGAAGUCCACACCCGAAAGCGCGGUCGACAGCUUAGCAAGGAUACAAGCGCAAGAUAUGACGAAAAGCAGAAUGGAUAUGAAGGAUAAACUCCGCAAAGAUAAAGACGCAGAAACGGAAGGAGGAGACGAGGCUGCUUCGGUGGUUUCCACGUCCAGUACUAGUAGGUCCCACCGAUUUUCUAGUGCUUUAUUCGGUAAGUCGCCGACCAGCGGUGCUUCCAGCGCUGUCACCAUCCGGGGUGGUCGUGGUUCUUCCACCGGAGGACAACAAAGACGGAAUUUCACCGACACUAGCACUGCCCCCACCACCACCGGCAGCCCAUCAGCAAGUUCCUCCGGUGGUGGUGGCGGCGGCGGCGGCAGUUAUGCAGGUCACGAAGGUCGCGGACAGAGCCCCAGUACCACGCCCUACUUCUCCUCUCACUCUUUAUUUGUUCCAUCAAGUCAGAGUCGCAGUAGCAGCAUCAGUCGAAGAACGAUUUCAAAUAACAGUGGUAAUAACAAUUCUUACGCGAGGAGUAGGAGGUCGAGUCACAGCAACGCCGUAAGCAAUAGCAAUACGGCAACACCAACGACAGCAGCGGCAAGAGGGUCAUCACCAGCGCCGCAAUCCACGCUGAUGGCGGCAAAGACCAACGAGGAGGAUGAAGUGGUGUCGUCGUUUGGGACGCAAACUAGAUUGGCGUUGCAGGAUGCCGGGAAAGAUGCAGGCAGUUGGGGGUUUGGGGAUGAGGUCAGGAUGGGAUUGGAGUGA